UGAGGUAAAAAUGGCGCCGACUAAGCGCAAAGCGAUAUCUCUGGAGGUGAAGCAGCGAAUUCACCGGGAUUUCCGACAAGGAUUCAAGGUUGGUAGCCUCGCAAAAAGAUACGAGCUGUCUCAAUCAACGAUUUCUACAAUCAUCAAGGCUGGAGAUGUCUUGAAGAAGGCUGGCGGGGAGGCUGCCUCGCUGGACGUAAAUGCGAAAGACGAAUGGCUGGCGACGAAAUUACCCGAGCUGUUGGAGCGCUUCCAAGAAAGUGACAUUUUCAACGGCGAUGAAACAGCACUCUUUUAUGAGAUGCUGCCUACAAAGACGCACGCGCUGAAAGGUGACCCGUGCGUUGGUGGCAAACAUAGCAAGGUCCGGGUGACGGUGUUUGUGUGCGCAAACAUGGACGGUACCGAGCGUCUCAAGCCCUUUGUGAUCGGGAAAUCGAAAAGGCCUCACUGCUUUAGGAAUCAAUGCAUUCCAGUCCGCUAUCGAAAUAACAAGAAAGCGUGGAUGACGCGAGAUCUCUUUGAGGAAUGGCUCCUCGAGUUUGACGGCGCUAUGGAGAAGCAGAAGAGGAAAGUGGUGCUGCUCCUCGACAACUGCAGCGCACACAACGUCAGCCCGAAGCUAACGUCCGUUGAGGUAAUGUUUCUGCCUCCGAACACCACGGCAGGUCUGCAGCCCAUGGAUGCCGGCGUAAUCGCCAAUUUCAAGGCCCUCUACAGACGUCGCAUGCUGGAAUGGCUCAUCAUGAAACUAGACUGCUCAGGAUUGUCUCAAUACGCCGGCGGACCUCCUGACCUGAAGGUGAGCUUGUUAGAAGCGGUGCGGUUCGUGCAUGGUGCGUGGUAUGAGGUGAAGCAGGUUACACUCAAGAACUGUUUUAAAAAGGCAGGCUUCGUGCGCCACAACGCCACGGUCUCGGAAGAGACAAAUGACUUGCUCAUCGAACCUGCCGAUGUGGGUGAACUUUGGGACCACAUAGCAGCUUCCGAGGAGAACAUCGGCGGAGCUCUCUUGGGAGACUUUUUGAACGCGGACAACGCUGCCGCUUCAUGCGAGGAGUCUACUGAUGAGGCCAUUGCCGAGGAACAGCAAUCGCGACGAAAAAUCACAUCGAGCGACUGCGAAAGUAGUGACGACGACGGCGGCGACGAGAACACCCCGCCUCCAAUGUCUUCACAAAAUGCCCUGCUCUCCAUCCAGUCGCUGGUCGGUUUUGUGCACGCAAAAGGACUGCCGCCAGCGUACGCGCAACAACUGGAAGCAAUGCACACGGCAAUUGUCAAACUUCAGCUCAAGCAAGCGCAAAUUUCCGACUUUUUUAAGCAUGCUUAAAUUAUUUUAUAGUCAUUUUCGUACCUUUUAAUAAAGCCUUCGGUUUUCUUUGCCUCGGC